AGAGAGACAAAGACAGAGGGGGAACCUCGUCUACCGGCUUUGUGGUUUCCAUCCAUUUCCAAAGCGUUUUAAUUGCACCUGCCGACUCAGCGCUUCGCCGCCGAUGAUGUUCGAGUCCGAGCACAGAUUUUAACUGCAUUUCUUCACCAAACCGAUCAUAUGUACAUAGAAGAAUACCUUGAAGAAGAUGAGGAACCACCUUUGCUGCUCAGCUCUUGUCCUUCUUGCGGUGUUUGGCUGUGGUGGGACUGCAGCAGUGCAGUGUCGGUCGGGGGAAGGUUGUGUGUGUCUGCAGUGUCCCGCAGGCCAGGAGCCGUCCAAGGCGUGUGGGAAGAUCCAGAGUCCAUCUGAAGAGGUGCGAUGUCUGUCGUGCGCGGCUGGAAGCUUUUCUGACUCUCAGGACUCUGAACUCUGCCGUCCGCACACCUCCUGCGAGACUCUGGGCCGACGGGUCGCGUCCCUCGGCACUGCGACCUCAGAUGCAAUCUGCGGGGAAUGUUUGACCGGAUUCAAGUCAGCUGCUGCAGAGCAAGUUUCCAACCGAAGCCCCUGCGUGAAAACUGAUUCGCACGUCAGAGCCGUUCGCACGGUGGGCAAAGGCCCGGCGGGAGGAAACGGAGGGCCGGCCAACAGCACGGUGGUGCGCAGCGCCGAGGAGAAGACGGCAGAGUACGCCGUGUUCGCCCUGGUGCCCAUCUUCUGUGUGAUGGGCCUGCUGGGCAUCCUGAUCUGCAACAUCCUGAAGAAGAAGGGAUACCGCUGCACCGCCGAGAAGGAGGGAGGAGACGAGGAGACGCCCACACCUCAGAAAGAAGGUAACAACUGCCCCCACAUAUCCGAGGACCUGAAUGAGGACACCAUCAGUGUCCUGGUUCGCCUCAUCACUGAGAAGAAAGAAAAUGCUGCUGCACUGGAAGAGCUGCUGCUGGAGUACGAGAACAAACAGAUGUCCAUGAGCAAAGGCUCCUCUAUCAAGUUCCCCAUGCUGUCCCCCCUGUCCCCGUUCCGCUCCCUCCCCCGGCUCUGCCCCCACCAGUCCCACCUCCACACCAUCUCCGGCCUCUCGGGUCUGGCGCCCAAACACGGCUACCGCUGCACCCGCUGCGCCCAGAGGAAAUGGCCGCCGGUGCUCAUCCCUCCCCUGGACUCCCUCAAAGACCCGCUGAAGCCGCCACAGUCCCUCCUGCUGCCCUCCCUGGACGCCCCCGCCGACCAGCAGAGGAGGCCCCUGCUGGGCGGCGUGUUCGUGGACACGCACCGUACUCAAGCCGCCGCCGCCGCCGCCGUGCCAAAGACUGUCCCCGUGAAAGUGGAGGGAGGUGAAGUGAAGGAGAGGAAGGAGGGCGAGCUCACGGUGUUGUCCGUGGGAAGAUUUCAGGUCGCUCAAAUCCCCGAGCAGAAGCCUGUCACCGUGGAAACCAAGACUUCCUCCUCAUCAUCAACUCACGAGAAGAGGAACUCUUUCUUCGGAGGGAAACACUUCUGCUCUUCAGCAUGCGGCAUCAGGAGGUGAAGAGGCGGAGAGACGCUGUACGAUAAGACUACCUCACUGGAGAUGACCGCAUCGUCGUCGGCCGGCACGGAGAGAGGGUUCAAACACGUGUCUCCAGGAAACCAGACUCUCCUCGUGCUGGACGGAGCUGUUUCCAGUUACACACACACACACAUACAAACACACAAACACAAAGAGGAUUACAACUAUAUUUAUUAUCACCAUGACAAAAAAAAAAAAAUAUAAUAAUAAUAAUCAUGGAAGAAGCUGAGCUUGAGCCACACUGCUGCUUCACUUUUCUAACCCAGAGAUGUUUUGAUGGGAGGAGUGGAGGCUUUUAUACUGAAGCUUUGUGAUGAAAGACUUAUUAACAGCCGACGUUAGAGGAAUGGAGGUUUGCGUGACACAGGAAUGCGCUCUCACCCGAGUUAGCACUCACACCGACAUGUGAGACGGCGCAUUUGCAUAAACACAAUAAUUGUGAAUCGUCACCAGUUCCAACUUGUUUUUCUUGCUUGUGUUUUGGAUUCGCAAAAAACACUGUGGACGAUUUUUUUUUUUUUUUUGCUGACAAAAGGGACGAAACUUUCGUUUUUAAACGUGUGUAUGUACAUGUAGAACAAACGGGAAGAGAAGACGGCGUGAAAGUGUAAAAGUGCCACAUGAACGAGCGCGCAAACAAACAGGUGCAUUGAUGUUUCUGUCUGACGGACCGAGCUGAAGAAAACGUUACAUUCAAAACGAGUUCUCUGCAGCAGGUGUUCAGUGAAGUAAUCAAUUUGGAUUCUUUGGGCUUUGCUCAGUUACAAAGUGUGAAACGUGUUUCAGUUCAGAGGAUGCAUACAGAUCGGUUUUAAUCUCAGAUUACCAGUAAAAUAAUAACACAGAAGAAAGAGUAAUUUUAUUCUGAUGUAGUUUUUACAAAAGCUAUCAUGAACAUCAUGAAAUAUCUGAAAAAAAAAAUAUCACAUCAAAUCUUCUUUCUUAGUCUCUGUAUGUUUUCAUCAACCCGCCUGCAGCUUCACGCUGCGACUGGCUCUUUAGCUUUGGUUCUCGAUGUCGUUAUUUCUGCUAAUCCCACUGAAACUGCCUGACCCCAGUGGACCUCUUUGAAUCAGCAGUUACUUUCAUCAAAAACGUAUCUUGUCCGUCAUUUUUAACUCUACUUAAGGUCCUUUUUUGGCCCGUGAACCAUAUAUUAGACACCCCUGUUGGAAACCUUGAAGAUGCUGAAUGUAGUUUUAACAGAGGAACAUAAGGAGUUAAAAAAAAAAAAAAAAGGAAACACAAAACUGUUUAAUGUCCACAGUUCUUUAAUCUUUAAUGUUAUUGUUAUUUUUGAGCCAAAUUAUGGGCCCUAAAGGAAAAAUGCUCAGAUGAGAAACCUGUAAAUAUAUGUACAUAUGUAAAUAUGGAAAAGAAAAACCAACAUACCAUGCAAGGCUUUUAUAAUUUAAGAACACAAAAUGUACGAGGGGAUGCAUUAUAUUUUUAAUGCAAUGCUAAAGGAAGCUGCACCGCAUUACAGACAUUUGUAUUCCAUCAAUCCAAAACCGGUGAAUUCUGUCACGGCCCUGUGCGCACGAGAUGAUUAAAUACAA